UUGAGGUUGCUUGGCUGCUUGCUAAUGCCUAGUAUAAACCCAAACUAAUAAUGCAUUUAUAAACAAGCCACCAAAACAGAAAAUCCCAUAAUUCAUCAUUCAAUUAAUUCAUUCUAUCUUCUUUACAUCUCAAACUUGAGACACUCCACAUUCCACAAACAACCCCAUUUCCAAUGGCCUAUCCCUACAUUCUCAUUAUCCUCUCUCUUCUCUCUUUCCUCCUCACAUUCUCUUCUUCCAAUGUCCUAAACCCAAACACCAUUACCCUUCCUCUUUCCCCUCUAUCCCCCAAAUCCCAAUCCUCAGAUCUCUUCCACUCUCUCAAAACAGCAGCUACAUCAUCUCUAUCAAGAGCUCACCAUCUCAAAACCCAAAAAACAAAUCACAAAUCACCCAAAUCAUCAUCUUCAAUAACCAACACACAAAUUUUCUCAAAAAGCUAUGGUGGUUACUCCAUUAACCUCAAUUUUGGAACACCAUCACAAACCUUAUCUUUUGUCUUAGACACAGGUAGUAGUCUUGUAUGGUUCCCCUGUUCCUCUCACUACCUCUGUUCCAAUUGCAACUUCCCAAACAUAAACCCAACAAAAAUCCCAUCUUUCAUUGCCAAAAACUCAUCUUCCUCAAAAAUCCUAGGUUGUACAAACUCAAAAUGCGGUUACAUUUUCGGACCGGACAUCGAAUCUCGUUGCGGAGAUUGUAAUCCAAAAACAGAAAACUGUAACAGCACCACUUGUCCUGCUUAUAUAGUUCAAUAUGGUUUAGGUUCAACCAUUGGUUUCUUACUAUUAGAAAAUCUAAAUUUUCCCGGAAAAACUGUUCAAGAUUUUCUCGUAGGUUGUUCCAUUGUAUCAACCCGACAACCCUCCGGCAUCGCAGGUUUUGGUCGCGGUGAAGAUUCUCUUCCGUCGCAAAUGGGUCUUAAAAGAUUCUCUUAUUGCUUACUUUCUCAUCAAUUCGACGACUCGCCGGAAAACAGUAACCUCGUUUUACAAGUUUCCUCCACCGGCGAUACCAAAACAAAAGGAUUAAGCUACACUCCGUUUAGAAAAAACCCAUCAACGAAUAACACUGCAUUUCUUGAAUACUAUUACGUGAAUCUACGUAGUAUUGCUAUCGGAGGAAAAAGAGUUAAGAUUCCGUUAACAGUUUCUGAACCGGGAAUUGACGGUAACGGUGGAACUAUCGUUGAUUCUGGAUCAACGUUUACUUUUAUGGAAAAAGAAAUCUUUGAUUUGGUUUCGAAAGAGUUUGAGAAACAGCUUAAGAAUUUCACGAGAGCGAAAGAGGUUGAAGAAACAUCGGGGUUGAGUCUCUGUUUUGAUUUUACCGGAGUUAUAAAAACGGUGUCGUUGCCGGAGGUUGUGUUUCAGUUUAAAGGGGGUGCAAAAAUGAAGUUACCGGUUGAGAAUUAUUUUUCUUUGGUUGGUGAAGGGGAUGUUGUUUGUUUAACUUUUGUUACUGAUGGAGUUUCUGCGCCGGAGAGAAGUGGUGGUCCGGCGAUUAUUUUGGGGAAUUAUCAGCAGCAGAAUUUUAAUGUUGAGUAUGAUUUGGAAAAUGAUAGGUUUGGAUUUGGACCUCAGAGUUGUCAAAAAAGUGCUUAAUUUUUUAAUCAUUUUUUGAGAGAUUUGGAAAUGAUACUGUUGCAUGUGGAAGCUAUUUUAGCGGCGGUGAAAAUGAAAUCACGGUGGUGCAAUGGUUGUGAUUAUGCGGCGUGGCGGCUAAGUUUAUUAAUUAUGAUUUAUUAAUUGUUUAGAUUAUGGGGUCAAUGGAGUAAGCAUAAGAUUACUGAUUACCCCCUUUGUUUUUUUUUUUUUUAAUUACUUUUGCAUAAAGUUUACUACUAAAAGUUAAUUUAAUUAUUACAUUACAUAAAUAAAUGGAUGCUUACUCAUCGGUUUAUAGAAUCAAACAUGUAUAAAGCAGGAACACGUUACAUUCCUUUUCUUUUGAUGUUUGAUGUUUAAAGUUGAGGAACAUAGAACAUUGAUUAAGUAA